UCCACCCCUUCUUCCUUUUCCGGUCCUGGCGGACGCCGCUUCGGUUGGAUUCUCGGCUCCGGGCCCCGGUGUGGGAGGCGACCGUAGUCAUGGCGAUGUUUGAGCAGAUGAGAGCGAACGUUGGCAAGUUGCUCAAGGGUAUCGACAGGUACAAUCCUGAGAAUCUGGCCACGCUGGAGCGGUACGUGGAGACACAGGCCAAGGAGAAUGCCUAUGAUCUGGAAGCCAACCUGGCCGUCCUGAAGCUGUACCAGUUCAACCCAGCCUUCUUUCAAACCACGGUGACCGCCCAGAUACUGCUAAAGGCCCUCACCAACCUGCCCCACACCGACUUCACACUGUGCAAGUGCAUGAUCGACCAGGCACAUCAAGAAGAACGACCAAUCCGACAGAUCUUAUACCUCGGGGACCUGCUGGAGACCUGCCACUUCCAGGCCUUCUGGCAAGCCCUGGAUGAAAAUAUGGACCUCCUGGAAGGUAUAACUGGCUUUGAAGACUCCGUCCGAAAAUUUAUCUGCCAUGUUGUGGGCAUCACUUACCAGCACAUUGAUCGCUGGCUACUGGCCGAGAUGCUCGGGGAUCUGACCGACAGCCAGCUAAAGGUGUGGAUGAGCAAAUAUGGCUGGAGCGCUGAUGAGUCGGGCCAGAUCUUUAUCUGUAGCCAGGAGGAGAGCAUCAAGCCCAAGAACAUCGUGGAGAAGAUCGACUUUGACAGUGUGUCCAGCAUCAUGGCCUCCUCACAGUAACUCGGCAGGCGCUUAAUAAAGAUUUAUUGACUUCUCA